AUGGUGGGGAAGCCGGAAGGAGGGAGAUCUUGGACGUUUUCGACGCCGGAGGGGAUCGAAGGGUGGGAGGGGAAAGGGAGGGUGAGAGGUUCGAUGUUGAGACCGGCGGAGAGGAGAGGAGAGAGGAAAGGGAGGUUCUUUGGGGUGACUAAGACGGUGAUUUUCAAGGCGGAGCCGCGGCGGAGAGCGAGACGGUGGGUGAAGUCUAGGAGGGGAAUCAUGUGGCCUUGUGCCGGAAAUGGGAAGAUCAAGACAUGUGUUCUUGUCGGAACGUUGUUUAUCUCGUUGACUGUCAUAGUGAUCUUUUUGUUUUUUGUGGGAAUGUUGAUGAAGGCCAAAGUGAACAGAGAGAGUGAUUUAAAUAGAUGUGGUUACCCAAUGUUGGUCAUACACAUGGAGAAAAUGCUUACGACUCUAUUUGAUAGUACCGUGUGGUCUUUCAAUACAUGUAAGCAUCAGGUCACACUUAAAGAAGAGCUUUUGGGAAAUAAGUGA